AUGGAGAACAUCAUCAAGCAACAAACUUGGAUCCCCAAUCCACCACCGCCAUCAGCACUAGCCAUGCACAGGGAUUCACACACAAUCUCCAAAGCAGAGAAGCCGCCAAAAAUACGCAUCAUUCACAUAUUUGCACCGGAGAUUAUCAAGACUGACGUUGCCAAUUUUCGCGAGUUAGUGCAGAGACUCACUGGGAAACCAACUCCUCAUGAUCAUCAAAAGAAGAGCAGCUGCAGAAUUAGGAAACCAGGAACUGCAAGAGCUAGAAGAGAAGAGCCACCAGCCAAGAAAAUGGAGCUGCGAGGCGGGUUCGGGUCAAGAGACCUGAUCAAGGGCGAAGAAGAAGUGAUGUGGAAUGAUGAGAGUUCGGAUGGGUAUUUGGGUGGGUUUGCGGAUUUGGAUGGUUUCAUUCAAGAGCUUGGCAAGGCGUUUACAUCUACUGCGGGCUGUGACAAGUGUUUCACUGAUCAAGUUAAUCGUCGAGGACCUGGUUAA